GGUGGCGCCGUGUUUCUCUUAAAGUGAAACCAGCAAAGGGCAGAACAACACGAUAAAAUAACUGUUAGUGUUACUACCAAUACUUUAUUUGUGAAUGUUUCGCUGCCAUAAAGUACAUUUUUGACUGAAGUACAGAAGACGCGCCUUGUCGCUUCUUGGACGUGAACGGGCAGCGCAAUAUAACCCGUAGAGUUGUGAGCUGAGCACCGGGCCUGUGCUGGAGGGAGCGGCUCUGUGAUGGAUCGGCUGAAGCUGUCUCGCAUAGAUGAGGAGCUGGAGUCCUCUGAGGUGGCAUCUCUCUGCUUUUUGUGUCAAGAUGUUGUCAACAGGAAACGUCUGGAGGGAAUCAGGGAUGCGAAAAAGCUGUUCUUGAGACUGGAAGAAAAGGGUCUGCUGGAGAACGACUUGUUCCUUUAUAACCUCCUCCAAACUAUCCGUCGAACAGAUCUCCUCAACCUCCUGGAGACAGACAGCAGGCGACUGGAAGAAACCGACGCAAGUCCCAUGCUGUCAGAAUACAGGGUGACACUGUACAAGGUGUAUGAGGACAUGACUCAGGAAAAUCUUGACAAGAUGAAGUUUCUUUUGAGCAGCCAGCUGGGCAGAAGACAAACUGAGACAUGCAAUACGGCACUGGAUGUGUUUGCUGAAAUGGAAAAGAGUGGUUUACUGUCGAAUACAAAUCUUCAAGAGUUGCAUACAGUGUUGCUGCAACUGGAUCAACAACUGGCAUCGAUGAUACAGCGCUACAUGGAAAGGGUAACCCCGCCGCCUCAAGCCAGAGUGUCUCAUGUCAGCAUGGAUUACCAGAGGGUCAACAACGUGUCGAUAUCUGAAAGUCAGGCCCGCUGUAGAGAAAUGACUGUUUGCUCCGAUGCAGAACCAAAUACAGAGUCCUCCUCUCUUCCUGAUCAUGCGGACUACUACGCUCUGAAAAAUAUACCACGUGGAUUGUGUGUGGUCAUCAAUAAUGAGGACUUCCAGGGAUCAGAGCUAAAAUCCCGAAAAGGAAGUCAGGAGGAUGUGGAGGCUCUGAGCACAGUGUUCACCCUCCUUGGCUUUACUGUGUCGGUGCACAACAACUUGACUGCAGAAGCCAUGCGACAAGAACUACGGAUGCUAGGCUCACGGGAUUUUCUGGAUGAAGAUGCGUUGGUGGUGUGCGUGCUCUCCCAUGGAGCAAUGGAAUGUGUCUUUGGGGCCGAUGAACAGAAGGUGUCCUUAAAAGAACUGACCCGGCCCUUCACCAGCAGGGGAGCACCCACCUUGGCAGGGAAGCCCAAACUGUUCUUCAUCCAAGCGUGUCAGGGAAGCGACUACCAGAGAGGAGCCCAGCCGUGUCCCUUGAGGCCAAAACAGGAGGAGGCGGUCCGGGAGAGCCUGGAGGAAGACGCUGGUUCUGUGAGCGGCGAGACUGUCCCUUGGGAGGCCGACAUGCUGCUGGGCAUGGCCACCGUGCCGGAGUGCAAGUCAUUUCGAAACAUUAACACGGGCUCCAUCUACAUCCAGGAGCUGUGCAGGCAGCUGAGGAGGUCAGCAGAAAGCUCGGAGAAGGAGGAUGUACUCACUGUGCUGACACGUGUGAACAGGGAGGUCGGCAAAGGAGAAUAUUUAAACUACAAACAAAUGCCACAGCCCAAAUACACCCUCACCAAGAAGCUCGUCCUCAAAUUUGUGUGAGCUGACCACAAACCAAGUGCAAAGCUGAGAAUGUGCCAAAUUUUGCUUAGACUUGACUGGUUUGCUGUGUGUAUGGAUAUGGCCAUGUCUGUUGUUUUUAAUCUCACUGUACAGCACAGCUGGUUUAAUGAAUUUGACUGUCUGCAUACUUAUUUUGAGAAUUGUAUGUCUCUUAAUCAAAAAGCAUCGUGGCAUAUAAAAUGUUGCCGAAGCCACUCGGAGAAAAUGUCCUUUUUGAAUUGUUUACAAUUAUUCCCAUAUGAUUUAGGACAGCAACAAUGUGUUAUUUGAGAAAAGUGUAAUUUUAAGAGAGAAUUUGCAUAAAUCUGCCCUUUAUAUACACAUUAUUUGUGUUGGUGUUUUAUGAAGUCAGUUCUUUAAAAAAAAAAAAAAAAGAAAGUUGCAAAAUGCAGAAAUACUCUGUUACAGCUACAGUACUGUCCUCUUUACAUGCACCAUCCAUUAUCCACAUUAUAACAUCUUUAUUGCAAAAAAGUAGUAAUGUGUGAAGAUGAAUGCAGGAGAAUGAAAACUACAUUUGCACUUUAAAAAUGAAGAAAGAUGUAUGAUUUAACUGAACUACAGUCCAGUAUUUAAGUUCAUGUAUUUACUUGUAACGCACCUUUAUUCAGUAACAUGAGAAGUCUGUUAAUAAAUAUAGAAAUGA